AGAGGCUAAGGGUCUCCUGGUGAAGUGGUUCUUUCACCUGGCCGAAGCCUACAGCAGAAGUGAGAAGAGAUGAGAAAGCAGGCUUCCUGGGUGCUGAGUGCCCAGUAAGGAACGGUGGGAAUUAUGACUGGGGAGGUGGGGAACGGGGGCCAGUCUACCCAAAGGUUCACGGGAAAGGUGGCUUAUCUCCUUCUUCCAUUACAGGGCUCUGCUUUCCUCCAUCCCAGUGCUGGGAGACCCUAGAGUUGGAGCUUCAGAAACUCUGGAGCUGAAAGCUCUGGCCUCAAGAUCUGACUCUGCCAUUUACUAGCUUUGUGACCUUGAGCAGACCACUUACACUUACUGAGGCUCAGUUGGACCAUCUGUAAAAUGGUGACCAGAAAACUACCUAACUCAUGUAGUUGAUGGGAGGACUGAUGGAGACAAUGCCUGUAAAGCACUUAGCCUGCCUAGCUCAUUGUUAUGGUCAAAUAAAUGGGAGGCCUCUUGCUGUUUUCUGUGCAGACUUUACCACCAAUAUCACUGCUGAAUUCUGGCUGGCCCCAUCGAGCAAAGAGGCUGGCCUCUCCAGAGCUGAAUCCACCAGUCAACUCAGACAGCGACCUAGACCUCAUGCCCAAGGAGGACCCUGAGGAGACCUCUGCUCAGCAUCCUGAAGUUCUGAGCUGGGGGCACCCUGGCCUGGAUACCACCCCGGCCCCCAAUUGGCCCAGGCUCCAGAGCCUCCUCCAGCAGCUCCCUCCACAGGACAGCGAUGAGCGCUACUGCCUGGCCCUUGGGGAGGAGGAGCUGGCUGAGCUGCGGCUCUUCUGUGCCCAACGGAGGCGGGAGGCCCUGGGACAGGGGGUGGCCCGCCUGGUACCUCUCAAACUUGAAGAAUGUACCUGUGAAAAUUGCAGGGAGCCGCUGAGGCCAGGGGAGUACGGAGUGUUCACAGCUCGGGCAGGAGAGCAGCGCUGCUGGCACCGGGCUUGCUUUGCCUGCCAGGCCUGUGGCCAGGCCCUGAUCAACCUCAUCUACUUCUACCACGAUGGGCGUCUUUACUGUGGCCGUCAUCACGCAGAGCUGUUGCGGCCGCGCUGCCCGGCUUGUGACCAGCUGAUUUUCUCCCAGCGCUGCACCGAGGCCGAGGGACAGCGCUGGCACGAAAAUCACUUCUGCUGCCAGGACUGCGCCGGGCCCUUGGGCGGGGGACGUUAUGCCCUGCCGGGGGGCGGCCCCUGCUGCCCCAGCUGCUUUGAGCGUCGCUAUUCGGAUGCGGGUUCGAGUCCGGCCCCGACACUGGAAAGCAGGGCGUCCCCGGGAGAGGAGGGGCUCUGCAGAGUUGGAGACCCGGACUGCGCCCAGCCGAAUGCUGCGACCAUCUCCCGGGCAACCCUUCUCGCCACCGCCGUCAGCUCUAGUCUGGAAACCCGGAGCGGGAUUCUUGGAUCCAGCGCAGAGCAGGAGUAUCGAACUGGAGACCAGACGGAGGCACGCCAAGGGCAAGCGCAGGGCCGCCUAGAGACGCCCCUUGAUCCCAAGGAGGACGCUCCCUGCCCCACCUGCUCCUCUUCCUCUGAAUCGGAACCCGAAGGCUUUUCCUUAGGCCAUCGCCUUCCCCGGCCCUGGGAGACCCCGGCCCCUCUCCGAACUGGGGACAACGACACCUCCAGGAGGCACUGUACCAUUUGCUAGUGGCGCAGCCUGGAGAAAGGGGAAUUGGGGGGUUGUGAUAUGUAAGGCGAGAGAGCGAGGCUCUCUUACCCCUCUAAGUCCUAGACUGAAUGCCAUCAGGACCACGUCUGGGGAGGGGCGGCGAGAUGACAGGUUUGACUGCCUCCUUUCAGCCCGCGCACUUUAUGACUCUUCAUGGAGACUUGGAGAAGCCCGUUCCUCAAAGCUACGCAUCCCCCGCUGAGUGCCCCUGCCCCACCCCCACAGGCCCCAUCCCCAGCGUCCUCCUCCCGAACCAAUGAAGUUGGUUCGGAGAACACCUGGACUGUGAGCCGGUGCGCCGGCCGAAGGCCAGGACGGAACUGGGAGUGGAACCCGACCAGGGAGACUGGAGCGCGGCGGCGCUCCACCCCUGGCCGAGGUGGCGGACGCACACCCGGGAAGUUCUGCCGGCGCCUGUCGAUGCGCGAGCCGCUGCGCCCUCUGUUGGCCAGUGGCCGGCGGAAGUGUGAGGCCGGAAGUUGCGUAAUCUGUCGGCGCCCGCCCGGUGCGUGGUGAGCGUUCGUACAGAGCGCUGAGGUGCUGCUAUGGCUUCCAGUGGGGCCGGCGUGACCGCUGCGGGCUCAGCAAAUGAAGCUCCCGAAAUUCCAGACAACGUGGGGGACUGGCUUCGGGGCGUCUACCGCUUCGCCACCGACAGGAAUGACUUCCGGAGGAACUUGAUUCUCAAUUUGGGACUCUUUGCUGCUGGAGUUUGGCUGGCCAGAAAUUUGAGUGACAUUGACCUAAUGGCACCUCAGCCUGGGGUCUAGCCUGUGUAGACACAUGGAACCCCUGUGCUGUACUCGACCCCUUCAAAAACAGCUUCCAAUCUGUGACCAUCACCAGACUUGCCCUGAUGGCGGCUGAAGUUUGUCAGAUGGCACCUUCCCUUCCCUGCCCGACUUCCUUUUCUUUGCGGAGUCCACUCAGGACACCCUUCUCUGCUCAACAGGCAGGCUUCAGCUAAAGUAUUGUCUUCUGUUCUGUAAAAUGCUGUACAUAGUUCCUAAGUUUCUGCAGGGGCUGAUCUUAGCUCUUGUCCUGAGGAAUAAUCUAAUGGUAUUUUAACAAAUAAAGCGUGUACACAAAGA